UUCCGAAUUUUAACUUAAAAAUGAUCAAAUUUCAUCAAUUUUUGAAAUAUAUAUUAACUGAUCUGUCACCAGAUUUUCUGGUGUUUUAUCUAUUAAACCGAUUUCUUCAUGGUUUAGGGUUUAGGCUUACAUCAAACUGCUGGCCAGUGCAGAAAACUAAGUAGGGAAACAGAAAUCCGGCUUGCGUAAUUUGGGAUGGCGGAUGUGUGGUGGACCCUUCUCGGGGCUGCUAUCCCGGCAGUUAUCGCAGGGCAAGUUUUUAGAUUGAGGAAAAAGCAUGCCGAAGAACAGAGAAUUAAGAGUGCCAGGGGAAGGGAGAAGAGCUCGGAUGACAUUUUCAUUUGCGAGAGAGUCUGCACGUCAAAGAGAAUGUUGAAAAAGGUCGGGGCAUUUUCAAAGGAUCCGAUCCCUGACACUUGUGUAACUGUUUGCGGUGUGUCCGAGCUCGAUGCUUGCUCCGAUGCUUGCGCUCGUACCGUUUGUGUCAACCAACAUCAGGUACCUAACUGGAAUGAUAUUUGCCUUAGAAGGUGUCAAAGUGAAUGCCUUAGGUUAUCUGCAUCUCAUUCUCCUUAGUGUAGUUUCGAUUACCUUAUGUUUAGGACACUACAUUCUACUUUUCUCUCAUAAUCUAUGUCGCUUCGACUUUAUCUGAUGCUCGUGUUUAACACAUAUCCGAAUAUCGGGUUUUGCCUCGUCCUGCAUAAUGUUGUCAAUGACUCUUAAAUGCUUAUUUGCAAUUGGAAAUGAAAAUUAUGCUUAGGUCA